GAGAGUGAAUGGGAUGUGAAGCAUCCGUCUAACGAGCUGAAACACGUUUUUCUUUUAUUCUCCACCCAGAGAGGGGGCCCUGCUUCUCCAUCUUUAAACCCCUCUCCGUUCCUUUCACCCUCUGCUUGGCAGCCCAGGAGGACGGGGAUGAAUGGAGAGGUAAUGGAGGGAAACCCGGUGCAGGAGCAGCAGCAGCAUGCCGGUAAUGGCUCACACCUCCCUCCCCCUCCCACCAUCACGCCGGCCAUCCCUCCUUACGUGAAGCUGGGCUUGACCAUCGCCUACACCAUCUUCUACUCGCUGCUCUUCGCCUUCGUCUACGCCCAGCUCUGGCUGGUGCUGCGCUACCGACACAAGCGCUUCAGUUACCAGACGGCUUUCCUGUUCCUGUGUCUGCUGUGGGCCGCCCUGCGAGCCCUCCUCUUCUCCUUCUACUUCAGAGACUGUGUGACAGCCAACGCACUGGGCCCCUUCGCCUUCUGGCUGCUCUACUGCUUCCCCGUCUGCCUGCAGUUCUUCACACUCAGCCUCAUGAACCUCUACUGUGCACAGGUUUACUUUAAGGCAAAGUCCAAGUAUGCGCCUGCACUGCUGAAGUACAGACUACCGCUGUACUUGGUCUUCCUGGGUGUUAGUCUCAUCUUCCUGGUGGUGAACUUGGUCUGUGCCCUCCUGGUCAAGAUGACCGCCGCCGACGUCAAGACCAUCGUCCUGGUGAGGGUGACCAUCAACGACAGCCUGUUCGUCCUCUGCGCCGUCUCACUGUCCAUCUGCCUCUACAAGGUCGCCAAGAUGUCGCUGGCCAACAUCUACCUGGAGUCAAAGGGGACGUCGGUGUGUCAGGUGACUCUGAUCGGGAUCACGGUGGUGCUGCUCUACGCGUCUCGAGCCUGUUACAACCUGGUGGUGCUAGCCCUCACCGACAUCGAGACCAUCAACUCCUUUGACUACGAUUGGUACAACGUCUCAGACCAGGCAGACCUCCGCUCAUCGCUGGGAGACGCCGGUUACAUCGUGUUCGGGGUGAUUCUGUUCGUGUGGGAGCUGCUGCCCACUUCGCUGGUCGUCUUCUUCUUCAGGGUCCGACGGCCGCCUCAGGACAGGAGCACUGCUGGGAUACCCAACCACGUCCUCUCCUCCAGAGGAUACUUCUUCGAUAACCCUCGCCGAUACGACAGUGACGAUGACCUGGCGUGGAGCAUUCCUCCCCAGAAUGCAUCAGCCAGUCUUUCUUCCGACUGCUACGACUGGGGGAGUCGUCACAGCAGCUUCACGGUUCACACCAAGACCGAUGAGCAGUGUCUCACCACCCCCACCACCACCACCACCACCGGGGAGCUCCACCCUUACCCAUGAUGCACCUGUAACUCUGUACAGCUUCACUCUGCACCCCGACACCGAUCUGUCCUUGUGUUCGUGUUUGUCCCCGACAAAGAGUUAAACUAUGAGCAGAUAAAAAAACGUUCCUAAACAGACGUGGUUGUAGCCGCCUCUGGAUUCUCCAUUCAUUCUAAUUACAGCCAGGGCUUAAGAACAAAAUAAAUAAAAGAACCAAAAAUAGACAACUCUCAGAACUUUACAGCAGUGUUUUAGUCUUAAUCUUCAGGUGAAAAUGCUAAUUAGCCUUAGCUUCCUGAGACCUGAGCUUUUGUUUGCUAUGCAUUUUAAAUGUCUCCAAAUAUAAAACUGUUCAUUUUAAUACCAGUAACAUUGUUGUGCAAAGGCAGAACUGCAAACAAUGAAAUCCUAACGUCCUCAAACGAGUCCUUGUCAAUUAGUUAUGAGGACAACAGGUCAAAUAAGAAUGUUAAUGUCCCCAUAUGAGGACACAGGGUCUCAGGAGGUUCAUCACAUUUUAGUCUUUUUUUUAAUAUUAGUUUCAGUCGUAAUUAUUCCAUUUAGUCAAAGUGACACGAACAAGUUUAAUUCAUUCAAACUCCACUGGAUUCAGAGAUCAGCUGACUCAUGGUUUCAUCUUAAAGUUGCAUAACUGUCCUGAGAAAACAUGAGGAAUGUUUCUGAGAUAGUGACACCUGUAAAUAUAGGAGCUAAACAGACUGCGUGCUGGUCAGGACGAGGAAGAACAGACGAAUGCUGCCUGUAAAUAUUCUUGUACAGAAGAAUUUAAUGUAUUUUGGCCAUUUUUUUAUGGGCGUCUAGUUUUGAUUAGAUUAAAUUUGUACAAGUGGUUACAAAGUUCAUCGAUGGGAAGAGAAAGGUUUGCCCAAGUUAUUACCACUCAAAUUCACCUCAGUUCAAACUAAUGUAAUUCAGUUUAAAGAACGUUGCAUUCACAUCAGUCAUUAUUGUGGAGGAACCGGCUCCAGAGGACGUCAGUCCCACACUAGAACUACACGGACAAUGUUGGCAUGAAUGCUUCUUUAUCGUCUUUAUUGAGGAGUUUUCACAGAGGAUCAGUCACGUGAUCAAAUCUGAAACACUUCUUUCCUUUAAUCAACUUGUUCAGAAAGAGAAUAACAACAAAAUCUAAAACUACAAAAGAUGAAGAGAGUGGUUCAUGGAAAUCAAAGCAUGAGUCCCUCAGACUCUUGUUGUGCAGAAUGAAAUGAGUGCGUCUCCAAACUUACACCAAGAUUUUUUAACAACUUCCAGACAAUUUUAUCAACAAUUUUAUUGACAAUCCAUGUUCACCUGGAGAAUUUAUUUCAUUUAUUUUAGAAUCCGUGGGUCAAUGUGUGACUGAGCGACGUAAAUGUUGGUGUCGUCUGCAUAUUGAUGAAAUGUUAUUUUAUGGACUAUGAUGAUGAUAAGUUAUGUUUCAAAGAGUCACCUGAGUUAUUUUAUUUUACUGUAGAUGGCAGCACUUACACCGAACAGCCACAACAUUAUGACCACCUUCCUAAUAUUGCAUAGGUCUCCCUUGUGCUAUGGGGUGGGGGUCUGGUGUGGUCUAGG